AUCACCUGUCAGCGCUGUCGCAGUUCCCUGUUUACACACGUGAACAAAUAAGGAAACCCAAAGGGUUAGGAUUAAUUCUUGCUUCACGUCGAGGUUGGUAAUUUUAAGAAGCGGAUCGACUAGGAUAUGAAAAGAAAAAAUAAUUCGUGUCUGACUGUGAUGAUGGUGGCUGUAGUUCUGCUUCUUAUGCUGGUGCUGUACGGGACUGUCUAUCCCCACCUGUCUGAUGAGUCUUCUCUAAAGGCAGAUUACAAACUGACGGGGAAACCACUGUACAAACUAGACAUCACGUGGCCCAAGAACCCCGAGCAUUUUACGGGACAAGUGUUUGGGGUGGCUGUCAAUCAUGUUACCGGAGUGGUGUAUGUUGCACAAAGAGGAGACAAUGUGCCAAAGGUCUUGGUUUUCUCCACGGAUGGGGACUUCCUUCAAGCUUGGAAUACGUCAACUAUCGAGAUGCCCCACGGCAUAUUCCUGGCUGAUGCCUCCCUGAAUCCUUCUAUAUGGAUAACAGAUGUAGGCAGCGGGCCAUACGGACACACCAUCAAGCAGUACACUCCCUCUGGCAAGCUCCUCCAGGUUUUAGGGUCUGCUGGAAAAGCCGGCUCUGGAGUGAACCCCCUCCAGUUUGAUCAGCCCGCAGAGAUUUUUGUGCACAGCUCUGGGGAAAUCUACAUUGUUGAUGGUGAUGGGGGUGUGAAUAACAGGCUGAUAAAGCUCUCCAAAGACCUGCAAUUGCUCUGGAUGCAUGGAGAGCAGGGAAGCGGUCCCGCUCAGUUCUUCAUCCCUCACAGCGUGGCAGUGGAUUCCUUUCAGAGGGUAUGGGUUGCUGAUAGAGGAAACAAACGGAUUCAGGUCUUUAACACUGUGACAGGGGAUUGGCUGGGAUCGUGGGGCAGCUGCUUCACAGAGGACGCACCAUACUCUGUUAGGCUGACGCCAGAUCAGAAGUAUUUCAUUGUGGCCCAGCUGAACACCAAUCAGAUUUCUAUCCUUGAAGCACCACCGGUGGGAGUGAUUGGACAGUGUAAGGUGGUCAGUGUCAUCCAGCUGGCCGAUGACAUCAAGCCUCACCUUGUAGACUUGGACCUUAAGACUGGGGCUCUUUAUGUGGCUGAGAUUGGGGCGCAGCAAGCACAGAAGUUCACUCCUUUCAACUGGGGUUCCACUGUUAGCUCUUUCUUGUAGACACUGAGGAAGCAGUUUCCAGCACUUUGUCACCAUGAAGCUUUGUACUGUGAAAGAACAUUGUGUCCAGAUACAGUAUCAAAAGGAACCAUUUAAAGAGCAAAUGGCAUGGUUCCCAAAAAGCAUUCCACUUUAAGCCACCCACUGUUUUUGUAAUGUGCCACUGAUUAUUCUUUUCAUCAUCUCAAACCCUGACAAGUUUUUCACCUUGUAAAUCCAAAAUAGUAAGUUCCAAGAUGCCAAAUUCCGCUAACUGCAGUUAGUGGGUGUGGCCACGAGGCUGCUAUUUCAUGUAACUUGCCGUCCAUAGAAAAUAGACCUUUCUGGAUUUGAACGAAAUGGACAUUCUUGUAGUCCCUUCAAGCAGCUUGAGAAAAAUAGGAUAGGAUGGAAUGUGAGGAUAUUCAUUUCUUUGCAGAAGUUUAGACAUCUUAGACACAUGCCCAUAAAAAGUUUAUUUAAAGCCUAUACUAGCCAUUAAACCCCAACCUACUAGUGUUUUCUAUUAAAUUGUGUUCUAUUAACACAGAGUAGCCUGAGUGAGAAUAAAUAAAGCUUGUCAUAUAGCAAUUUUUAAAUCACAAGUUGAAAAACCUUUAAAAACUUGAUCACAGCAACUCAAUGUAAACUACACAUGAGCAUCAAUAUGAAGUCAGGCGAUUCUUAUCCUUAACAUCAUUUGUUAAUCUCCACACAUCCAUCAACGCAAAAGGCUACAUCUUGUACUAUAAGAUUAAUCAGCUUUAAACAAAAUGGCUAUUUCAGUAGAUGAUCAUUACAGUGUUUCUGCAAAGAUAACACAUAAUGAAUGAAAACCAUUGAAUGAAAACAGUAGAUUGGUGCUGAAUGAUUUGUGUUCUGCAGUGUACCUUUCCACCUCCAAAUGCAAGUUACAGACAUGAAUGUGAACAAUUAAAGGAAAAAAUAAGUUGUUUAAACAGUGGUACUAGCAAACUUGUUUGUAUUUUUUUCUAAACCGUACUUGCUCUUUAACUUGUUAUAGUGUACUGAAUAUCUCCUGGGUGUUGAACUAUCAGAACUAUUUUUUCUAUUUGAUUAAUUUUGAUAAACAUCUUUGGAAAUCCCGCAGUCCAUAAGAACAUUUAUGUAGGUUAUGAUACGCAUGCUAUUGUCAAUGUCUGUGGCUUUGCAAUAUGUGUUUCUUUAUCUUUCCUUAAGUAAAGUGGUAACUCUGGAUCAGCAUGCAUUUACUUUAAACACAACAAUUUGUAGUUCUGAAAGGAGCAGUGAAAAUCAUGUUAAAUAUCAAAUUCCACUGAGUUCUGUUUACCGUAAAGCAGCAUUGCUAACUUGUAUAGUAAUUCAAAUCCAGUAAGAUGCCCUUAAAUGAAGACAUUUGAAAUCCUACAGGUUUUCCUGCAUCUUCAAGGAAAGAAAAUUGCAUGCCUUAAUUGUUUGUUUUUUUAGUUGAGAACUCAUAGGAUUAUGAUAACUACAAAGUUUUUCUUUUAGAGAGUCUCUUGUCACUAUUACAUUUUUGGAAAAAAACAUAGAGCACUAAAGUACAGUUAUAGAAGGUGAGAUCUAUGGAAGGUUUUAUCAGUCUCUUGAAUUCAUUAGCAUCUUAAGACAUAAGGGAUAACAAGAGAGUCUAAUUAAUCUAAAUAAUUAAAAGGGAAGAUCAAAUGAAAAACAUUAGAUUCUGAAGAGCAAGAUGUUGCAGCUUUUACUUAGAAUAUCAACAAGUUAUUUUUAGGACAGAUUCAUGCUUUGAUACCUAGCAGUUUCUACAAAAAUACAGUUUCACACACUGCAACAUUUAAAUGGUGAAUGCUCACAAGAACACAAAUAACAAUAAUGUAGUUGAAAGUGGAACUCUCUAGUGUAGAUCAAUUGAUUGUUUCUAAAUACUUUGCAACAUGUCAUGAUUUCAGACAGAUGUUUCUUGAUAUUGAACAAGCACUCAAGAACACCUGUGUACUGUACACGGUUAAAAUACAGAACAAUAUAUACUGUAAACACAAGUCAACACACUAUGAGAGUGGCUGGAUGAAUAAAAAGGUCUAGCGUACUACUAGUUUUACAAAGUGUAUGCUUUUUUAAACAUCCCAUCAUACAUCUAAACUUCUCCAACUAAACCAUAUUCUCUUGUUUAUAAAAAUAAAGAACACCAGCAAAGUUCUAAAAGUCUUGUAAAUCUGAAGGAAAGAAACAUAAUUAGCAGUUUAAAAGUUGUUUAAUCUUUUAUUUUCAUUGAAUGUUUACAUUUUGCUGUGAAAUGAUCAGUUGUAGCUUUGGAUCUGUAUAUUUUGUUAAUCUAUCUGAAUCUGAAAACUGUGUGGCUUUAGUUUUCUAUGGACUGAGCGUGUAUUUGUUGGUAUUUCCAUCUUGUAAAGUGAAAUUGUCUUAUAUUUUGAACAAGAAGAUAAGUCAUUCUCAUAAUAAAUUUUUAAAACACUG